AUGCUUCUCUUGUCUUGGGCAACCUCGAGCAGCCUGUUCUGGUGUGUGUCUGCAGGAGUCCUGGUACUGUUCGGGGUGUAUAGCAUCACCUACCAGCUCUGUUGGUCUCCCCUGAGGCGGUUUCCCGGCCCAAAGGUGUGGGCCAUUUCGCGCAUUCCUUCGCAGCUCUCGGUCCUGCGCGGUCAUACUCACCUGGACAUUACCGCCCUCCAUCACCGGUACGGCCCCGUCGUACGCAUCAGCCCUAAUGAACUUGCCUUCAACACCACGCAGGCAUUCCGCGAUAUCUACGGUGCUCGUCCUGGCGGUUGCUUCGCCAAGGACCGCAGCCACUACUUGCCUCCCGCGAAUGGAGUCGACCAUCUCGUCUGUGCGGUCGACAAUGCCGUACAUGCUCGCCAGCGGCGAUUGCUGGCACACGCCUUCUCGGAAAGGGCCUUGAGAGAUCAAGAGAGUCUGGUGGUAGGAUAUGUCGACACGCUGAUCAACAAGCUGCGAAAUGAGAUCACCAAGCAAGACUCUCCCCACCUUGAUAUCAAGAACUGGAUGAACUACACCACGUUCGACAUCACGGGCGACUUGAUGUUUGGGGAGUCCUUUGACUGCCUGAAGGACAGCCAGCUGCACCCGUGGAUCAAACUGAUCUUCAGUUCCAUCAAGGCCCUCUCCAUCAAUGGAGUUGUGCAUCAGUUCCCCUGCCUCAGUUCUCUGCUCGACGCCCUCGUCCCGCACGAGGUCAAGCGCAAGGCCCAGGAACACUUCAACCUCGCUGCCCAAAAGGUUGACCGGCGCUUGGAAACAAACAUGUCUCGCGCAGAUUUCAUGUCUGCAAUUCUGCAAAAUGGAUUGAGUGAGACCAAGGGCCAGUAUCGCGAGGGCGAACGGAUUAUGAGCAGGGCCGAGAUCCAUUCCAACGCUUUUAUGUUCGUCCCCUCCCUUUCUUUCCCUUUGCGCUUCUUCAGAAUGCUGACCCUGUUUCACUUCCGUUAG